GGAAGCGGGACAAGUUGGCGACGACUGCGCCCCUCUACCGUACAAUAGACUAUUUUUGACCGUGCACCAUCGUAAGUGACGGUGCUAAAAAUACCCACUACAAUAUACUGUCCAGACGACGUGCUAGCGGUCCGUAUAACGACGGACUAAAGUGGGAUAAUAGGGGAUCGUCUGGAGUGACGGGAGUUGAGCAGUGGUCAGUGCUGUCGGCAGGGGUCUACCCCAGCCGCCCGCCGCAGCAACAAGCACCCCUGUCCAACAUAGAGCUGUCAUCGCCACGCACGCGUCACCUGAGACUGAGCUUUGGAAUGCGCGCUAGCCUUCUAUCCGCCCGACACGCACCAUCGUCACUGCCUGUCAAAUUAAUCAAGUGGGCCCCGGUAUUUAAUCAGCAAAACUCGCACUUAUAAGAACUUGGAAGCCUCGUCAAGAUCGCAGAGGUAUUGUGCCAAAGGCUGCUACUACGGCGCACAUACACCGCGCAUUGGACUGGGAGUUGGUGUUCUGCCUAGGCGGUUUCCAAUAUUGUUCCAGCGAUGUCCUCCGUGUUGCUGGUCGUGUGUAAGGCUACACUUCUCGCGCUGUUUUGCCCAUGGUUUGCUGCACACAUCCUAGCGUCUGCUGCUACAGUCUUACCGAUAAACGACGUGGUGAAGAGCGGCGGGGGUGCCGUCGACAAGCCGGUGGCCGUGGGCGGCGCGGGGUCGGACGGCUCGGCGGAAGAGUUGAGCUGCCCGAGCUGCAGAAUGCAGGCGGACUACCUGAAAUCCGCCGACCCGGACGAAGUCAAACGGCUUCGGCUUGAAGUCAUCAAGCAGCAGAUUCUGAGCAAAUUGCGGAUGUCUGACCGUCCCAACAUCACCGUGCCCCGCACGGCCAUCCCCAGGCCACUAGCAGACGAAAACCCGCCAGAAGUCUCCCUACAGCCCCAGGUAGAAGCUAACCUGGACAUCGACGACUUCUACGGGCGGACGACACAGAUCAUCAUAUUUCCCGAAGCAGGUGAGAGAAACUGCCACCGGAAGCGCGCCAAACACUGCUUCACGUUCGUGCUCCCUGCGGGGGCGCAGCACGGCACCGUGUCGUCCGCACAGCUCUGGUUCCACCCGCUGGUCUCCAACCCGCCGCCUUCUAACGUCACUCUGCACUUCUGGCCGCUCUUCAAGUCGCCCCAGGAGGACCAGCGGUCCCGGAGAAUGGUGCUGUUCUCCCCGGCCCAGAGGGCAUCGCGCCAGGGCUGGGCGGAUGUGGACGUGCGUCACCACUUUCGGAAAUGGAUGAGCGACGCCACGUUUUACGGGAUUGACGUCGAGCUGGUGUGUAAGCACUGCCCGAAGCGCGUCAACGACCUGAUCCGGACCACGGGAGACCACCGCCCGUUCCUCGUGCUGGACACGGGCGAGCCACCCGUGCGGAACCGCCGGAGCGUCGACUGCCCCGACGGCAGGAGCAACGAGUGUUGUCGGGAGAAGUUCUACGUCGACUUCAAGGACAUCGCCUGGGACGACUGGAUCAUCUCACCCAAGGGUUACUACGCAAACUUCUGUACGGGGUCGUGUCAGGGCAACAUCCUGCCGCGGUACCACCACACCUCCGUCCUACAGCGGGUAGCCCUCAAUCAGAAGGACAGAGACACUAGACUAAAACUCACGCCCUGCUGCACACCCACCAAGAUGUCCGCCCUCUCCAUGUUGUACUUCGACAACGACGGCUACAUCUUCAACAAAAACCUGCCCAACAUGAAAGUAGACGCGUGCGGCUGUUCGUGAAAGAACAGACUGAACUUUCCAGACUUAUCAUGUAUGCAAUAUCGUUACAAUUGUGAGACUGUGGCUGGUACCUUGAGGAAAGACCUAGAGACUGUUGCCAGCGACUAAUUUUGAACGGUUCCAAGUUGUAUAUAUUGAAAGACGUGGGAAACAACAAUUUUGAAUAUCAACAACUCUGUGAAGAAGGAAUGGAAAGAUCUUAAAACUACUCUAGCGUAGCAUAUAUAAGGACCACCCAUUAGAUAUCAACAUCACCAAUGUAGGAUGUAUAACAAAAUCAUAUGUUAGAAGUAGACAUCAGCUGUGUUUAAGUUUGUUUCGUGUUGGGCGGACCUUUGUUCCGCUACAAAGGCCCGAGGACGGGAGAACAAUUGCGAAGCAAAGACACAAAAAGUACAUCAAACUAAAAACAAGGGCUUAUCCGAUUAGUGAAUGACAAGAAUGCCAGGUGCAUGAGAUAGCAAUGAGGAUAGGAUGUUUAGCAUGGUCUUGUCUUCCACUAAAACAGCAUUUGAUACGUUUCAACGAAACAAUGCAAAAUGUCAGAGCUGAAAGACGAGUCUGGUAUAUAUCCCAGACGUUUCGGAUAUGUGACGCCCGUGUGAGAAGUUAGGUCUUAAUUUAGGUCACUUUGAACACAGACAAUGAUCCUUGGAAAGGAACUACGUCCAUGUCUAGUCUGGUGCUCUCCAAAAAGGCAAGAGCCCACACGUUGAAAGUAGAAGAGUGAGAGAGAAGUCAUUAUCAAAAUACAUAGCAGAACAUUUCUCACAUCAUGCACGCUUCUGUAAUCCAUCAACAUGGCGGAAGCUAAAUUACGUCAUAGUCACGUGACCACAAAUACUCUAUCAUGAUAUGGCCAAUGAAAUCUAUUAAGCUUUCUUAAAUAUCUAUGGUUUAGCACAAGCGUCAAUUCAUUGAAGCUCUUGGUAUGGUACCGAAUUGGCCUGAAAAAAAGAAGGAAAAAAAAACAGAAAAGCACUGUGGACUUACUCGAUGUAAGAAACGAAGAGAUUUUUUUUUCUUUGACCCAAAGGGGCGACGAAAGGAAAUGAAGAAAUUCCAAUCGUCUUUCCAGCAGCCGAUUUCCGUGAAAGUAAUUAUGGCGGGGAGUCAAGAAUGCGGAUGGGUCACGUUCGGAAAGGACCCUAUCGUUACCUUACAAGCUCUUUGGCACCGCUACUUGCAAUGGUCUCCAGAUUGAGACCACGACUCGGUAUGUACUAGCCAGGUCUCUCUAUUUGCUUGGCCACGUGGGUUGGCGCUUUGCCCAUGUCGUGGUGCAUCGUCAGGGCAAGCGUUUUAAACAUAGCGUCAGAAACCUGCUAUGGUCGGAGAUUAUCCGGGGAUCUAUUUACCAAGGCCACCUACCCCCUUCAUCUCUCAACAUAAUGAUGAAGAGGAAGGCGUGUGUUUUAAGAGUUAUUUUAAGCAUUGUUUUGUAUACACAUAACAAGUCAAACGUUGUUCGCCAGUAUAUGAUUAAUAUUUCCACAACCUUCAAUCGCCGCUCAUGUGACACAAUAUUAUUGCAUUGUGCUGGCUUCUCCCAAAUGAUUAAUUAGUGGCCUGUAAAACAACAUUAAUCAGGAACUUUUGCUAAUAACACCACCUGUACCAAGACAAGGUCGACAUGCCCUGAACGGAAAUGAAACUCGGCGCCUGUCGUCUUGAGAUAAAACGUAUUAAGCUGUUAAGUUGAAAAGGUCAGAAGAUAGUGUGAAGGGCGAAGGGCUAUAGUUGGAAGCACAUGCAUUGGUCCAUCUCAGCGUGUGUGGAAACUGAAACGACUGGACUGAUAAAAAGGCCCAAAAGAUUAAGGCAUGUAAUAUACAGGCGUGUUCGAUGACCAAUGACAAUGUAGAUUAGUUGUGAUUAGGGAUAGUCUAAAGAUAUUUUAAAGAUAUUUUGCCACUUAUUUGAAAUGUGAAAAGUAUCUAGCCCGAUACCCAAUGUUGCAGUCGAGUGAAUAGGUGCAGCGUGUGUAGCACCUUCAUCAAUGAAAAAGUGCGUACCGCGAAAGCUGAUUUUAUGUCGUUCUAAACUACCAAGAAGAAGAGCGCUGUGUGACACAUUGGAUGUUGGUUUAAUAUUGUUUUCAAUCAAUCCCCGUAACUUAAAUGGAAAUGUCUGUAUCAUCACGGUAUCAAAAUCCAAAUACAAUAACCAGCACGAAGCUUUGAAAAAUACUUAUCGAAUCGCAAAACCAGAAAUCUCAGCGUAAAACCAGAAUUGAAUGUCGUUCAUGAAGAAAAGACGUUGUUUAAUGUGCCACUGCGUCUGUGUGAUGUGCGUCUGACCCACACGUACGUUUGUAGAGCUGGAGAGCCAUCAUUUGACAGGAAUCUUGCACAAGUGUGGAAGACUUUGUCCACAUAGACGCAGUUUCGUGCCUCGCGUGUCAUCAAGUGCUGAGUUACUGCAGAGCAGUACGUGGACCUAUGUUAGUAUGUAUGGUGUAUAAAUAUAUACGCCUGGCAUAGUUUAGGUAUAACAAGCUGUGACAGAAUACGUAGGAGAAAAUGAUCACAGUUUCACUUUUAAAGUGACAAACAGCGAUGGAUCUUUGCUGAAGCAUAGUUUUAUUUGGUACUUAAUUGUUUACAAACAUGCCGAACAGGUUCAGAUCUAGCACACGAGCUGCACAGAUGGAGACCUUCUCUAAAAGAGCUAUUAAUAUAUAGCUGGAGUCUUAAGUGGCAAGAUUCGAAAAGAAUGGCUAUAUUUUUUCAUUUUUUUUUAAACGCGUGAAAUAACUUUGUCAUGAUAGAUGGUUAUGAAAUGAAAUUUUAAGAGGAUGGGUAAAUAUCUUAUCUUCUGUCAUCAUAGGAAAUUCAAAUCAAUGUUGAAAGUAAUAUAGUCGCCAAGUUGGUAAAAUACGGACCAGGACUUUCCUGUGGUGUACUUUACUAGUGUGUAAAAGCUUGUGUAAAACUUACGUUAAAAUCAACCAAUAUUGUACUAUAAUUGCACGUGUGAACUAUAGUCGCCACUUUAAAAGUGAUUGUCUAAUCCUUUUGGGCGUUUCUACUGGCAACGGAUUUAUAAUCCGACUUAAUUACAAGUGUUCAAAAUGCAACACAUAUCUGAUAAUAUUGGCAUUACAUAUUACUAGUUUUUGAUAAAUAGAUAGAUAGAUACAGUAUAGUCUGGUCAAUUAUGGUAAGAAAUUUCAUUCGAUUUUGAUCAAUUCUGUUGAAUUUGUAUGUGGAUUUUGUUUCAGAACCCAUGAAACGCAGGUGGUUGGAGUUUGUCGCCAAAAAUGUACAUCUCAUGACCAAUGAAAUGUCUCCGUUUCAAUAUAUAAUGACGUCACUCUACAUCCGUCCGCCAUCUUGUUUCUCUACCACUCACGCACUACUAGUGGUGGAGAAAAUGAACAAAGAUGGCGGACAAUAUUAAAAUCGUGAAAUCAUGUGCAUGUGUAUCGAAAGGGCUAUACUUAGAAUUGAAAAUACCACAUCAUUUACAUUAUCUCUUUUGCCAUCUAGUUUUCUUGAUAUUGUAGAUAUUGUGUUAAAUUGAAACGGAUGUGCAAACUAGUAGUCCUGUGCGAAUUAGUGUGAAUGUUUUGUAGACAUUGCGGUGCAAUAAAGAAAUAUCUU